GGUGACGCCGUCGCCCCGUCGCCGCGCGCCCGGCGCCGCCAUGUUCAAGGUAAUUCGGCUGGGGGCCACCCCUGUCAGCCUGAGCUUGCUCUCUGUCCAGGUUUUUGCUGCUUCUUCAGAGAAGACUUCCAAAAAGGAGUUGCUGAAAAUUGAGGAGCUGUCACUGUACUCCUCCCCAGCUCGUGAGACUAAAUAUGUGGAGAAUCCCAGAACCGAAUUGGAAGAGGGGGUUUCCCGUUUACGGCAUGUUAUGGAGCCAUAUACAGCCUGGUGUCAGGAUCUUUAUGCCAAAGCUAUGCCCAAGUUAGAAAAAGCUGUUGAGCAUGGUAGAGAGGGCUAUGAAUUUCUCCAAAAACCACCUGCUGGAUUUUAUCCAAGACUUGGCGUGAUAAGUUUUGCUGGAAUUAUUGGAUUGUUUCUUGCUAGAGGCUCAAAAAUAAAGAAGUUGGUGUAUCCUGCAGCUCUCAUGGGUAUCAGUACCUCCAUGUAUUACCCUCAGCAAGCGGUUGCUAUUGCAAAGGUUGCUGGCACACAGCUGUAUGACUGGAGUCUUCAAGGAUAUAUUGCUGUAGAAGCUCUUUGGAAGGAUAAUCCUAAGAAGAAGAAAUCAGAGGAAAAAGGUGAUAAGGGUGAUGCAGUUGGUGACAAGCCUCUGGAAGUCCAUGCUGCUUCAAAUAAAGAGCAAACCCAGAAGUAGAAUGCUACAUCACCUGGCAUCAAACAGCUCCUGUUGGGAACAAAAUAUGGAGGAAAUGAAGGCAGCAUUUUCCAGGCUCUCCAAGGCAGAAACUCGAGAUACCAGUUCUGACUUGGCCUCGGGGCUGUGUUCUAAACUCAAGCAAAGCCUAUGAUUACAGUUUCUAGAAAAGCAAAACAGAACAUCCUCUUGACUUUUUUAUGAUGGUUUGGUUUCGUAGGAUAAAAAUUGCUCUGUAUUUGAGGCUUAUUAGAAAUAAUUGCAACAUAAUUGGACAUAAUUUAGCACAGAAUGUUUGAUGUCUGCUCUGUUAUCAGUUGAUAAAGAAUGUCUCUUCUGAACAUGUUUUCUACUUGCUUCUCUUCGCCCUGUAUUAUUUUUGCAUCAUGUUAAAAACUUGCUUUUCAUCAGAAAGUGACCCUGGCAUUAUAGGUACUCCUCACCAUUUUUGUAUGCAGUAUUGCAUUUACCAGAAUUUUUUUUUUUUUCCCUUACUGCCAACUUGUGUAAAUAGAGUCCAAAUGUGGCAAACUGGAUCAAUUUUUUUCCAUGCACCAGCAUCAGUCACAUAUGUUUGCAGAUGUGGUGGAAUACACGCAUCGGCUGAGCAGCAGCGUUCCACUGCUACAUGGGCAGCUUUAAAAGAUAACCUAGUUUUUAAUACUGGCUCCCUUAAAGUGUUUUUAAUUGCUAUUGCUAAUUCUCACAAGAGCAACAUGAGCUUGUUGACUGGCUGAUGUACUGAGUACCUUAGUUUUCCCUUUAGAGCUAUGAAUGUAAUGUCUUUACGAAUAUGUGCUUUCCAAGUAGUUUGUAAGAUAGUAAUGUAAAAUAAAAACUAAAAAAACAAUAGGAGGAUUUAAUUUUUUUUUUUUGGU